AUGGAUGCAGGAAAUGCCCGAAUGCAUGCUGCAAUCAGCCAAGAAACCGCAAGACUUUGGAAGGUCCAGCCGGAAAAAAAGAAAGACCGAUACAAGGCUGGCCUUUCUCAGACCCAGACCAAGGUUGGCCGUCUGCGCGAUGCUCUUGCUGCACUGGUGGUAGAGAUCAAUCAGCGUCGGGACGAUCUUGCUGAUCUCGAAGUCGACCGCGAUCGGUUACGCUCUUUUCUCGACGAUGGGGACGAUCAAGUGUGUCGGCUCCAGAAUAAGAUCUCGAAUCAAGAGUCAGAGCAUGAUCUAGCCUUGUGCGAUCGGGAUGCUCUUCGGGCGAGUAUUGCCUCAUUCUCUACCAGUAUCUGUCUCCCUAUCUUCCAAUUUUUUCGUGGAGGCCCCAUCCCGUUCUGA